AUGUCUCACUCAGUUUACCAAACUACGGGUAAACCAUUGUCCAAAGAGGCAUUGUAUCAUCAAAGAUUGAAGCAAGGUAUCUUUCAAUCUCCCAGCGGAACCAUUGUUGGUGUUAAUAGUAAUGCUUCAGAUACUGCUGCCUUAUUAGCCGCCUCAUCUGACUUGACUGUCAAACCAUCAUAUGAACGUACAGUUGCACCUGAAGCACAAACAGCCGCUUUGGUUGCUAAACCCCAUGAAGUUAAUAUAUGGAAGAGACACAAGGAAGACUCUGAUGCUGCUGAAGCCGCCUUAUCAAGUCAUUCAAAAACAGAUUCUUUGACCAGUCAAUCAAGUCAACAACCAAACACUAUUGUCAGAGUUGGUAUCCCAUCAGCUUUAAAUAAGAGCUCCAUCUACAAGGUUGCGCAGGAGAAAUCUACUAGUACAAUGACCUCCAGAAUUGACCCUGCCAAGGAUGUUUCAAGAUCAGGUAUUCAGUCCAAGUAUGGUGCACAAUCUUUGAAUAUUGGUAAAAUUAAUCAAGUGGCUACAAAGAAGUCUAGUAGCACUUUGAGCUCCAGAUUCAAUCCUGAGUUGGACUACAGAUCUGGUUUGAAAAAGGACAAGCCAACUGAGUACUUGAACCAAGAGGAAGAGGAUUUGGCUGCUUCAGGAGCAACUGCCUCCUUGUACAAGACUCCUUCAAGUGCAGAUUAUGCUUCACAGACCAGAUCCACUACUUUCAAAGCUCAAGAAGUUGUCAAUUCUACUUUGUUGGCUGCUGCUGCUGCAAAGGCCAAUGAUCGUUUGAGCACAUUGAAUGCAAAUACACCGCAGUCAUUAAAAGCCCAAGCUCAGUUGUAUGCUAAUGCUUUGGCUGUUGCUCAAAAGAAUAGUGACGAAAGAGCCAAGAAUAGAGUGGCUGGUGUCAUCAACUUGGGUGGUGGUUUAACAAUUACCCAAGCUGAGUUGAAUCAAUUGGCAUCUACUUAUGUUCAACCAGUUAUUGAUGAUAUUGAACAAAAGGCUGAUUCAAAGAGAGAAAUUGAAUUAUCGAAAAAGCAAAGAAAAGCGGAAUUGAAGGCGGCCCAUGAAAGAGCUAAGCAAGAACAACAAGCAGCUAAAGCUAAAGAAAAGCAAGAUAUUGAAAAAGCCAAGCAAGAAAGAAUUGCUGCUAAUGAAAAAUCAAAGAAAGCUGAAGAUGAGAAAUUAGUGCAACAUGAAAAGACUAGAAAUGAGGAAGUUGAUGCUAAACAACUUGAAUAUGAAGAGUUGGAAAAGAAGCAUGCUGAAGAGAAGGAGCAACUCCUUGCUGAAAAGAAAGAGAAACAAGAUGAAAUUGAUGCUGAAGAAACCGCCAAGAAUGAUGAAAGACUGAAGGAAUUGGAUGAUUUGCAAGCAGAAAAGGAUGAAAUAGUUCAACCUGUAUUGGAUGAAUUGGAAGAAGAAAAUGCCAAGUUGAAGGAGAUCACUGAUGAAAGAGAUGCAUUAGCGGAAGAAGUCAACGGAAUUGAAGAAGAAAAGAAUGAACGUGAAAAACAAGUUGAAGAGUUGAAUAAUGAACUUGAAGAAACUCAACUUGCAAUUGACAAAUUGGUUGAAGAAUUGCGUCAAGCUUCUGAGAAGCAUGAAACCACUGAUAAGGAAUUAGCUGAUCUCAAGACAAAGGAAGCUCAAGCUAAGGAUGAGCAUGCAACUGAGACUUCAAGAUUAGAUGGAGAAAUUGCUGAUUUACAAAAAGAAAAAGAAUCCAAGACUGAAGAAAAAGCCAACAAAAAGCAAGAGAUUUUGAGUGCUAUUGAUGAAAAAGUUAAGUUUGAAAAGAGACUUAAUGAUGAAUUACCUCCACAUUUGAAACGUGAUAUUAAUGAAGAUAAACUUAGAGAUACUAGUUCAUUAUUUGCUGAAGAUGAAAAACCAAAACCAAAAGCUGUGACUUCAGAAGUUAAGCCAGUGGCAUCGGAAGUGAAGGAAAGCAAACCUGUUGAAACUAAGUCUUCCUCUAAUAAAGUUGCUGAUGGUGAAAUCAAAUCAGUUCCAUUAAUUGCUGUUGCUGAGAAACACGAUACUCCUAAAGUAACUGAAACAGAGAAGCCGAAGAAAGAAGCUGUUGAAGCUGCUGAAAAAGCCACUACUACUGCACCAAAGACAGAAAAGAAGGAAGCAAGUACCACCGCUAGUAAAGUUGGUGCGUCAAGCUCUACAAAGCCAGCAGUAAAGAAACCAGCAGCCACCACAACUGCUUCAACCCCGGCUAAAAAAGAAAAGGGUUCAUUUUCAAGAAGGUUGAGUAAUUUCUUUAAGGAUCAAUCGAAGGCCCCAGCACCUGCUAAGUCAACUAGUGCCAAAUCCACACCUGCCAAAUCAACACCUGCCAAAUCAACCCCCGCAAAAUCAACUUCAGCCAAGUCCACAACCACAUCCAAAGAAGAAAACAAGCCUAAAACCACCACCACUGAGCCAAAAUCUACAACAACCACACCAACAACCAAACAACCUGCAGCUAAAGAUGCAGAAAAAGAAGCAAAAUCAUUAGAUCCUAAAAAACCAAAGCGUGCUAACACUGCUGAAACUAAGGAUUCCGAAGAUGGUGAUUAUGGUGAUUAUGAUGAUGUGGAUGAUGAGCUUUCAUUAAACAAGAAACAAAAUGAAGGGGGAUUGUUCAAGGAGGAUGUUUUGUAA